AACAUCUCUUAUUUAAAUUGCAUUCUUAAUUCUUGCAUGUAUAUUGAUAUUGGGAUAAAUGAUAAUGAAAUCCAGCCAGAUAGGUCAUUGGAAAUUAUUUAUUAAAUAAUAAGGUACAAUUUACUUGUUAAAAAAAGUCUGUUUGUAGCAAGGUUAAUAUGGUACCCUAGCUCUGCAAAAUACAUGUAUUGUAGAUCAUUCUCAAGAAUUUUCUUUAUAAUAACAGCAUCGCAGGAGGUCUCUUGAAGAGGAAGAUUCGAGAACCAGUAGGAAGGAAAAAGUCUAUGAACUAUGAAAUGGAAGACCGGAUGGAAUUGAAAAGAAAGAUAUUGGAACAGAAAGAGAGAAAAGUAAUGACACUGGAGAGAAUUGCGAUGACCCUAGAAAGACGGAUUCACCGUUCACCAGACUCUCUCUUUCUAUCUCUCUCUCUCUUUCUCUCUCUCUCUCUCUCUCUCUCUCUCUCUCUCUCUCUCUCUCUCCUCUUUCUGUCUCUCCUAUUAUUAAAUGUUGUUAACAGCUUAACACAUUUUGUUGCCGUAGCUCUCUGAUAGUUAUUUUAUCUUUUUAUUAGAUGAGAGAAAUUGUCACUUCUGAAAUGUGUUUACUUAUAAUGUUCAUCAGUGCUGGGUCUAGGGGAAAAAGUAAAUCGUACACAUGUAUACAUGGUUGAUAUCAUUAUUUUUUAUGCCUAAUUAAAGUCUAGAGGCCACCUGUUGUCUUAAAUUCCGUACAGUCUGUGCAGCUGCUCCAUGAUACACAGCAUUGUUCUGCUGGUUGGCCACAACUCCACCUUGUCGCAAAGGGAUCUUUUCAUUGAUUGCUUUAUCAUGCAUGUCUCAAUUAUUAAGGAUCACCUCUUCGGUUUAAAGGGAAGAUAACCUCCACUGAUUUUCAAACAUCUAUAACAAAACUUUAAUUUUACUUUAUUUUUACUUACCGGUAUUAAUAGUGUCUUUUAAGGAUACAUGCAGUUGUAAUUCCUUAUUUACCUGAACCUUGACUUCAGCACCCCAUAGGCUCGUUCCACCACAUUUCUGGUUUUGCUGUGUGCCACAUUGUAACGCUCCUCAGCAGGUGUGGAUGUUAAAUGGGUUGCUAAAUGGAGUCAUCAUGUUAUCAUUAAGAGGGUAACCUGACUCUCCCAGUAACCACCCUCCUCUUGCUAAGAUCUUCAAGAUUUCAGGCAGACUGGAAUUGUUGAAAUUUGUUUGUUUCAGUGACAGAUAAAAUGCCGAAACCAAAACAGGAAGAAGGAAAAGUUGCUGAAAGAAGAACAACACGCUCUAAGACGAAAGGAGGAAGAGACAGGAACAAUAGGGAACCGGAAGUGAAGAAAAAGAAGAGGACGAAACAUAGUGUUCAACAAAAACAAGAUGGAGACGAUAGGGAAGAGACAGAAUUGAUUUCGGAAAAUCACAAUUUGCAGAUCAAACACAUAACGGGACUUUGGGAUUAUUUACAAUUCGUUAUAGGCACAGAACAUGAUGUUGAGAUCCGACGAGUUGUGCAUAAACUUGUUGAGGAAGUGAAAUGGGUUUCACAACUUGAAAGGGACUAUAUUAUGGGAAGUACUGGUGAAGGAUUUGCAUUUCCAUGGAGAGAUCUUGAUAGCAUGGUGUCUGUGUUGACAUGUAAUGUUAUUACCGAAUCUAAAGAGCACAAAAACACCAAAAGUGAAGUCAUACAUGUAGCAAGUGAUGCAGACUGCCAACCGGGCUUUUGCCAGUUAAUACCAUAUUCGCGACGGUACACAAUAAACAAGGUUGAUGAUAUGUGUUUUUCUAGGAUUUCCUUUACAAAGGAUAAAUUAAAGUAUCGUACAAAUAAAAACCCCGAUACCAGAAUUCAUGGACCAUGUAUUAGAUCAGAUAGUCCGAUUGGAUUCGACAUGUGUUAUACUCUGCCCAUCGAUCCGAUUUCUUCCAAUGAGUUUUUAAAAGAAUUUCAGACAAAGUUUUGGAAUAAUGUCAAAGAAGAAGUUUUAGAAAAAAAUAUUACUGUCAUGCAUGUGGCUCCUAAAAGUCCUCCUGAAGGUGAUACCAAGGGCUUUCAAUGGCUUAAGUCUUUUGCAGUCCUUGAACAACGUAUCGUCCAUUCACUCAAUCACGUGCAAUUUUGCUGCUAUGGAUUGUUGAAAAUUCUACUCCAUUACAGCAUUGAUGCAGAUCAAGAAAUUAACGACACACUUUGUUCAUACCAUUUGAAAACAGUUCUGUUCCAUGUAUUAGAAGACAUUCAUCUAGACUUCUGGAUUCCAAGCAAUAUUUUGUACUGCUUUUGGAUUUGUUUAACACGACUUUUAUUAUUUGUCAAGAAAGGGAUGUGUCCUAAUUAUUUUUUGCCCAAAAGUAACCUUUUCCUAAAGGCUGGUCUGUUGGCGAGAAAGGGCAAAAUUGAGAAAAAAAUCCUCCAUGUCCUUCAAUCUGGAGCGCCUUACCUGUGGUCUAUUAUUAUCCAGUUGGGUUUCAGAGACUCGGGUAUGUUAGGGCUGCAAGGUACAUGUAUGCUGCAUGGAAAGCUGAAAAGGUUCAUUACACUGUCUGGAUCAUUAAAAAAUAUGAAGGGACAUCAAACAACGUAUCAUCAAUGUAUGUUUUCUAUUUUGAAAUUGAUGAACCUUUUGCAAAAUGAAAACAACGAUAUAAAACGUGCGGUGCUGAAUCACAUGUUCUCGGAUGUUAUGAGAAGAGUUGGACUUAUCUUAUAUGAAAAAUUUGUACUGACAGGUUUCACUAAGUAUUUACUAACAGCGGAAGCAGCUUUUAAUUUGGUGCAACAUUCAUCUUCAUCGAAUAUUCUUUACUUAGCUACAUUAUGGUAUUGUGAAGGAAAAUUCAAACAGUCUAUAAAAGUUCUCAAGGAACUCCUUGCUGUCAUAUAUCCGUCAAGACAUACAUGUAUGAUUAGGCGGGGACUGUCAUGUAGUUUCACAUAUUUAAUCAGAAACUAUGAGUACAGACUUGUGUAUUUAGAUAGGGGAUCCAGUUUCCUCCCAAAAGCUAUUGAAAUGUAUGUCAACAAGUUUGAAAUUUCUGAUUUCUCAAUGUAUGAUAAAUCAUACGCAUUGUUUCUAAUUUUCCUGAGCUAUCUGGCGGUGGGAAAGAAAAAAAAAUGCAGAAAAACGCUUUAUAACUUGCAAAAAUCCAUUAACGACGCACAUUUUCUUGUGUUCGUAAAUGAUCCUUUUGUAGAAAGAAAUUCCAAAACCCUGGUAUCGGUUGCAGAGAAUAUGAUGAAAGAAUUAUGUUGAACACAUUUACAGGUCAAUCAAUCAUGCAUGUACAGAAGUGUUGAACACAUUUACAGGUCAAUCAAUCAUGCAUGUACAGAAGUGUUGAACACAUUUACAGGUCAAUCAAUCAUGCAUGUACAGAAGUGAUAUGGAAAGUGUUUUACAUUUCAUUGAUUUAAAAUUCAUUAAAUGAAAAUGU